AUGUCCAAAAUGAAGCAGUGCUGUGUGUACGCUCAACAAAUGGACAUCAGAGAUCUGAUACUUAGACAUCUUAUCCAGGAUAUUAGCACCACAUGUGCCAAGCUAGGUUUGCCAACAGAUGCCCAGAAUUGGACCCAGGAACAUGGUUCGCGUUGGAUUUCGGAGAUGUGCCAACAGUUCAGUCUGACACCACCUCGUCAAACGUAUUUGAGUGGUCGAGUACUGCUCAGUAUGACCCAGAAGGACUUUGUAGCACUAGCACCUGAGGGCGGUGACACACUCUACGCUCAACUACAACUAUGGAAAACCGCGUUCGAGUCCUACCAUCAGCAACAGCAAGCCGGUGGCCAGAGUAACGGCGGUAUUACAGCCGCUGAUAACUCGAUGCCAAAGAAUAAUUGGGUAACCUCUGCAUGGACCCGUACCUGGGCGCUAUCGGAGGCGGAGCACAGGAUGGCCACGCCUUUUUUCGGUAAUGGUGUCCUUCCCUCGCCAAGUGAUAGUGACAGAAGCAGUAAUGCAAGUAUGCAUGAUAGUGAGUCGAAAUUACCAGGCCCUUCCCGGGAUAUCGAUUUAUUGAUUUUUCCGUUAGUCGCUGACGAUGAAUGUAUCGAUCUGCAAAGUAUGCUACAGAUGCAACAAGAUGGAAUGCGAUUCUGUGGCCAAAUGAACGGGAUGGAUAUGACGAACACGCAAACUCCGCCCACCGAAGAGCAACGCCCAUCCCCGUUCCCACGACACUCCGGCACCGUUCAUCUAUGGCACUUCAUCCGCGAACUGCUCGAUCAUCCCAACAAGCAGUAUGGAUCAUGUGUUCGUUGGGUGGAUCGAGAUGAAGGGACCUUUAAAAUCGAGUCGUCUCAUCAUUUGGCGAGAUUUUGGGGACAACGAAAGAACCGUGCCCAAAUGAACUACGACAAGCUUUCACGAAGCCUUCGGCAAUACUACAAAAAAGGUCUGCUGUGCGAUUUAUUGAUCGUCGGAUAUUGA